UUCUUCACUCUCUCCAUCUUCAACUUUAUAAAAACCCCUAAAAUCUUUUUCUCUUUUUCAAAUCCCCAAAAUCAAAAUAAUCUCAAUCCAUUUGUUCACAUUCUUCAAUUCAAACUUCUUUGAAACGUUCAAAACAAACCCACAAACUCCUGCCUUUGAUUUUCUUUCUCAUCUCUUUGUUUUUGUUUUUCUUUCCUCCACUAUAUAAAAAACAGAGUUUUUCACAACAAAUCUCCCUCAUCAUAAACUUCAAAUCCCAUUUUUUUUUAAAAUUUUUUUCUCCUUCUUAAUUUAGUUUUUCGGAUUUUGAUUCAUGGGUUUAUCCCUUUCACUUCUCAUUUCUGCCUGGAAGGAAAUUAUAGAUCAAGGGUUGUUCAUCAUAUUCAAAAAUUCGAGUUUCUCCGCUAGUGAUAAAGCUCUGUUUUUGAAAUCAAAUAGCUUCAAAAUUACAGAGGAAGAAGCGGUGAACAACAGAGCAACUAGAAGUAAACCAAAUAGUUUGAAAGGGAAUAAACCGGAGAAAGUGAUUCUCGAAACGAAUCUCUCAUUUAAAUCACUUGUUGAAGAUGCGGGUUUUAGUUUCUCUAUUUCUGGGUCGGAGAAUUUAAAGACCGCGACUCCGGUUGUUUCUUUGCCGGAGCCGGCAGCUAUGUUCUCACCUAGGCCGGUGAGUGAACUGGAUGCAGCAGCGGUGAAGCUGCAGAAGGUUUAUAAAAGUUAUAGAACGAGAAGAAAUCUUGCAGAUUGUGCGGUGCUUGUUGAAGAAUUGUGGUGGAAGGCUAUCGAUUCUGCCAAUUUGAAACGGAGCUCUGUUUCCUUUUUUAACGUCGAGAAGCCGGAAACCGCCGUCUCCCGGUGGGCCAGGGCCAGAACUAGAGCGGCCAAGGUGGGGAAAGGUUUGAGUAAGGAUGAAAAGGCUCAAAAAUUGGCUCUUCAGCACUGGCUUGAAGCUAUCGAUCCACGUCAUCGAUAUGGCCACAACUUGCACUUGUACUACGACGUUUGGUUUGUGAGUGAGAGUAAUCAACCGUUCUUUUAUUGGUUGGAUAUUGGAGAUGGCAAAGAAAUAACCCUAGAGAAAUGUCCGAGGGCAACUCUCCAAAAACAAUGCAUCAAAUAUUUGGGUCCAAAAGAAAGAGAAGGUUAUGAAGUAAUAGUGGAAAAUGGGAAGCUUAUUUACAAGGAAAGUGGAAAUAUAGUGGAAACAAAAGAAGGUUCAAAAUGGAUAUUUGUUUUAAGCACAACAAGAUCUUUAUAUGUUGGCCAAAAGAAGAAAGGUCAAUUUCAACAUUCAAGUUUCCUCUCCGGCGCCGCCACUACCGCCGCCGGCCGAUUAGUUGCCCAUGAUGGUCUCAUUCAGGCAAUUUGGCCAUACAGUGGUCAUUAUCACCCAACAGAAGCCAAUUUCAAUGAAUUCCUCAGCUUCCUUAAAGAAAACCAUGUAGAUCUCACCAAUGUCAAGAUGUGUGCAAUUGACGAUGACAGUCAAUACAAUGCCGUCGACGAGGAACAAAAACCAAAAUCACGAGAAACUUCCUUCAAAUCUACACCACCGUUGGACGAAGAAGAAAAACCCAAAUCAACGGUUCCAAUCGAUUCCGAAGAGAAGAACACAACAGUCACCCGCGACGUCCGGAGACCGGAGAAAGCGACGGCGAAACAAUUCGACAUGUCGAAACGAUUGUCGUGCAAAUGGUCGACAGGAGCUGGGCCCAGGAUCGGGUGCGUACGAGACUACCCAGCUGAGCUACAAACGAGAGCACUGGAACAUGUCAACUUAUCGCCACGAGUGGGCCCUGGGCCGUUGGUUAAUUAUGGCCCUAUUCCUUCUCCACGUCCAAGCCCAAAAAUUAGGCUCUCCCCAAGGUUGGCUUAUAUGGGCCACCCAAGCCCGAGAACUCCAAUCGCUGCCGCUAAUUGAAAAGCCCAAAGUUGUUGUUUUGCUACUAGCUUAGCCCAAUUGGUGGAAAUGGUUAACACAAUUUUUUAAUUCCUUUGUUGUUUGUUUGUGUUUUUUUUUUUUUUUUUUUAAUAUUUUUUGGGGGGUAGAGGGGCUAAUUGAGAGUCAAAGAGUAAUUUGAUUUUACUCAAGGUUAUAUAGCUUUAUUUGGUUUGUAACAUCGAUUCUUCUCGUAAAAAAAAGAAUAAUAAAGUUGAAAGGAAAUUUUAUA